AAGAAAUGGUGAUUUUGUUUUGUAAGGAUGACUGGACUGGAGAGACAGAUUUCAAAUGAUUGGACAGUGAGGGAGAAUAAAACUGUAGGUGGCAGUAAUGCAGCAUCGUGAUGCCAACUUCCAUAAAACAUCGAAGAAGAAUUGAUACUCUUGUCCACACACGAAGCAGAAGGUGGCGGUAAUGCACCUCGUUCCAACCGCCAUUUAAGAAGAAGAAGAAGAAGAAGAAGGAGGAGGAAGCGACGAAGAAACUAUCAUGCGACAAUUUUCAGAAUGGGUACCCAAGUGAAAGAUGUCAUCAUUAAGCCUGACGCUCCCAGCUCACUGUUGUUGGACAAACAUGCAGACUACAUCGCUGCCUACGGCUCCAAAAAAGAUGACUAUGAGUACACGCUGUCUGAGUACCUGAGGAUGAGCGGUAUCUACUGGGGGCUGACAGUGAUGGACCUGAUGAGCCAGCUGCCCCGCAUGAACCGUGAGGAGAUCAUAGACUUCAUCAAAUCCUGUCAACAUGAGUGUGGAGGUAUCAGCGCCAGCAUCGGACACGAUCCCCACCUGCUCUACACCCUUAGCGCUGUCCAGAUCUUGUGCUUAUAUGACAAUGUAGACGCGAUUGAUGUGGACAAAGUGGUGGAAUACGUCAAAGGGCUGCAGCAGGAAGACGGCUCAUUUGCAGGAGACAAAUGGGGAGAAAUAGACACAAGGUUUUCCUUCUGUGCUGUUGCUACACUUGCAUUACUGGGUAAGAUGGACAAGAUAAAUGUUGACAAAGCUGUAGAGUUCGUCUUAUCCUGUAUGAACUUUGAUGGAGGUUUUGGCUGCAGACCCGGUUCAGAGUCUCACGCUGGUCAGAUUUACUGCUGCACCGGUUUCUUGUCGCUCACCGGUCAGCUGCACCAGGUGAACGCCGACCUGCUGGGCUGGUGGCUCUGCGAGAGGCAGCUGCCGUCCGGGGGCCUGAAUGGACGACCUGAGAAGCUUCCAGAUGUGUGCUACUCGUGGUGGGUGUUGGCGUCGCUGAAAAUCAUCAGCAGGAUUCACUGGAUCGACAAGUCCAAGCUGCGGACGUUUAUCCUGGCCUGCCAGGACGAGGAGACGGGAGGUUUUGCUGAUAGACCGGGAGACAUGGUGGAUCCUUUCCACACUCUGUUCGGAGUUGCAGGUCUCUCUCUCCUCGGAGAUGAACAGAUCAAGCCGGUGAAUCCCGUACUGUGCAUGCCGGAAGACGUCCUGCAGAGGAUCGGACUGCAGCCGGACCUCCUCAGCUAGCCCCCCGACACCAUCAUCCCAACAUCCCACAUUCAUACAUACACACACUCAACUACCACCUCCGGAUGUUGGGAGCAGAGAGAGGAUUACCACACAUCGUAGUGUUAGCUGAAGUCUACAGACACAUUUUAGAUGCAGGUGUCAGUCUCCGCUCACUAAGGACAAAAAGCGUAAUGCAGUUGUGCAGCUCAUUCCCUCUGAACCUUUCUGUCUUUAAACCCUCAACCACUCGUUAUGUUAUCAAGUUGGUUUUCUUGGAUUCGAUUGAGAGAUGGUUUAGACAGUUUUUGAAGGAAUGAGGAAAAGAUGUUUUGAAGUGUAACUGUCGUUAAAACAGCACAGAAAUCAUGAAACUACAUUCCUCUACUUUUGUUCACAUACGUCAGUUUGAGGGAAAACGAAACUGUUAGCACAAGAAACAGUUUGGAAAUGUCUCUCUCUGAUCUUUUUCUUGCUCUCAUCACCUUUUCAGCUUGUCAACUAGCCAAGGAAGUUAUUAUUCACUUUAUUGUUAUUUUUCUGGCCAGAGACAGGAAGAAGUGCUGAUUUCUUCCUCCUUUUGUUCUACUAUGCUUUAUUAUCAUCUUUGGUACUUGAAUAACAGGAAUAUUCAGUUUUACUUGACAGAUUUGACCUUGAGAGCGUAGAAGGACUAUGUGUGGGAGAAGAUCAGCCAAAUUCAGCUGAAAAGUGAAAGUUAGGUUUAUCAUUUCAUAAGACACUUGACUGUUUGUUAGUGAUUUGGUUUAAAGGCACCACUUCUCUUUUUUUUUUCAUUUUUUGGAGCCUUUUCCUGCCUUUACCUGUUUCAAAUAAAAUAACUUCCAUAGUUGAAAAGUGAGAGCAUGACAAGGGCGAACUAUCCUCAUCCUGUUUACGCUAGAGCAGUCACACCAACACUACUAAUAAUACCUCUCACAACUGGAGAUGCAACACGGGACGUUUUUGUUCAUGUUACUGCAUUAAAAUAACCUCAAUUUAACAAUACAGAGACCAUUAUUUUGGCAAGCAUUGGCGGAAGGAGACACCCAGAGCAAAAACACAUGGCGUUGUCUCUUGCCAAGUAUAUUUAACAUCUUAUCCACAGUCUCAGCUGCGCUAUUUAUUUAAAUCCUUGCUACUCAGUCCAGCAUUGUAAUGUAGCUGUGGGCAGAGGGUUAGGUUUGCCCUCACACUGUGUGAAGAAAUGUUUCCAGUCGUAUGUUCAGAUGAUUCUGAACAGAAUCUGUGAAAUGGCUUUUUGGAAAAUGUAACUUUAAGGUUAUUUUUCUUUCAGGAAUACCUGAUUUUCAUUGUGCUGCACUCAUGUUGUCUCACUGAAUGCACAUAUUUUUCUGUUUUCUGUUCCAGCAGAGAGUAAAUAAAUCACACAGCUCAGUCAGUUCUCAGAUUUUCCCCAAUUUGAAUGACUGGGCAACACUUUUAUUUUGCAUUUCUAAGUCAUAUAUAAACAUUUAAUACAUGGUAUAUAACACUGUAAUGUAGUGGUGCGCAGAUAUGUGUUUCUUAAUGAAUUUGCACCUGUAAGUGGAGGCCCACAGGGUAAUAAAGGACAGUAGUACAACACAGUUGUGAAAAUAUAAAAUGUCUUCAGGGGGAAGUUAUACUGUAAUAAGCACUUACAGUGUCCUUAAAGCUGAGUAAUACUACAUUAUAGUGUUAUAAACCAUUUAUUAAAUAUUUGUGUACUACUUAUAAAUGUUGAGGGAAAUGUUACCAAUGAUGGACAACUAAACAGAAAUGUAUUAGUUUAUUUAUGCAAUAUUACAGCAAAGACAUUACCUAAACAAAAGCUUAUAUUGUGGUAAUAGGAUUUAAAUUACAAUUCUUAAUGAAUUGUUCUGCUUAAAGAUUUCUUAAAAUCUUAAUAAUAAAUUAAAACCUUAACUGUGUCCUAAACCACGUGUUCAACUACCAGGUCUUAUCUAUGUGUUGUGGGGGCGGCGCUGAUCCAAAAAGCUGCUGACUGAUACACAUCUAGAUGUAAAUUAUUUGUUAUCUCGGUUGGCAAUAAAUGUAUGAUUUCUCCUCA